AUCGUAAAAACAGUUCUACACAAAUUUCCCCUUAAAGAAAACCGUAACCGACUGUAAUAUGAAUGACAUUCCUCAACAAUAGCUAACUUCACAGCUUCUUUGUCGAAGGGAAGGUUAGUGGAAUUGUUAUAUCACAACCAGGAUAAGGCAAUCGCAAUGGCUUCAAAGAACGAAGGAAUCUCCUUGAUCCCCACCGUCAAGGCUCAAGAGGAAGAGGAGGAGCAGGAGUUGGUUGAUCCUCAGACCGAAUUGCGAGAGAAAUGUAACGAGCAUGGUCACAUUAAAGAACACUUCGCCAAAUAUCAGGAGUGCAAUGAUCGCGUCAACGGCCGCUCAAAAACAACUGAGACCUGUGUCGAAGAACUUUUCGAUUAUCUGCACGAACUGGAUCAUUGUGUCGCUAAGACCUUGUGGUCAAAACUUAAGUAAUUUCCACCAGAAGAGAUAUGAAACUGAAUGGCUUUAUUCUAGUAAAGUGAAUUAACAACACCUGUAGAUCGGUGGAUGGCUUCUACAUGUCUUAAAAUCACAAUAUUAUGUGCAUUAUUAAAUCAAUGCUAAAAAUAAACCUAAGAAUUGUUCGACGUAGUUAAA